AUGCUGAAAUGGCUGGAGGUUCACCCCUGGCUGGCAUCCGAGUCCAUUUUUAAGUAUGCCGUUGGCCGGCCCGCUCGCAUCACUUACGAUCGUCAGGAUGGCGCAUGGCAGGAAGUUGGGGACGGUGGAGGGGGUGCUGGUGGUGCUGGUGGUGCUGGCGGUGGCCGUCGUCGCCGCCGUGGUUAUCUUCCUGGCCGUCGUCGCCAUGGUGGUGUGGGGGGAGAGGGAGGGGGAGGGGGAGGGGGAGGGGGAGGAGAUGGUGAUGGUGGUGCUGGUGCUGGUGCUGGUGCUGGUAUUGGUGGGGAUGCUGGGGGCGCUGGGGUUGCCGGGGGUGCCGGGGUGGUCAAGGCCGUGGUGGGGGAGGCGGAGGGCGAGGAAAUGGUGAUCGUGGUGGCAGACAGGGUCCAGGCUCUGGGUCGGAUGAUGAUAUGA